GCCCGCGACUUUGUCGAGAAUUACAGUACACGUACAACAGCUGUCGUACUCAGGCAAAGAAUGCAGCGCUGUAUGUGGUGGUUCAUCCAAACUUCUGUCUUGUAUGGCCCUAUCGCUUCAGGUAUGCCGACUCUACAUAUGGACAGCGGGGUCACGGUGUACCCUAGAGUGUUAGACACAAGGGAAGACAAUUCUACCAAGACUGCCCUUCUCGGAGACGGAUACUCGCUUUCCCUAACCAAGGCCUCUGUUUUUGCCGAGAUGGUCCAUCUGCGAGAAGUGACAGAAGAUGGGGUCACUGAGAGAUACGCUCCGGGCGCUGAAUAUGAGAGACACCUCUACCAAGAUGCCGAAAUGGAGGCGUCGCUGCUUUUGAAGCCUCAAGCGCAUGGGCAUUACCAUAUAGUCGGUCUGGUCAAUUUCACUCAUCUGAUUCACCCAAUUACAAAUGAAGAAAAAGCGCCAUCCGGAGAAAUACCCCACAAGAUAUCGAGAAUUAGGCACAGUGAGAGACGCUCUGAUAUUAUUACAGCUUCAACAAUAGAGGCUUUUCAAGAUGGCCCUACUAAGUUGAACGAAAAAAGCUUACCGAGUAGCUUUAACAUCGAGACCUACAUUAUGCAGGAUAACUCGCACACCAACAGGAUGAGAGCAGUAAAUCUGGAUCCUAUGGACACCACGACCACGCUCGUUAGCCAAACGAAUCUGCUGCUGCGAAAGCUUGAACCUCCUGGCAAGAUAGUUGUGACGGGCAUACAAAUAUCAUCUAGAGCAACCGAAAAAUACAUAGUGUGGACAGAUGAUAAUCGCCUACAAGCUGAGGCUACGGCAAGUAAACUAUUCGACUAUGCAGCCAGCAUCCCACGCAUGCAACAAUCUGACGUGGUCAUUUACAUCACUUCGCUACACAUGGUCAGCAAUAGAGAGGAUGGCUCAUACAUUGACGCCGAUGGGCACACAAUACUUGGAGGAGCUUGCUCUAAACAGAAAGUGCUCAUCAUAAGGGAGGAGCCUGGGCAGUUUUCUGCAGUGCAGGCCACAGCCCACGAAGUAGCACAUUCGCUAGGAUCUAAUCACGAUGGCUCCGGCAUAUCAAGGGGGUGUCCUGCCAAUGAGAAUUUUCUCAUGUACCCGUACGCCUUUCCACCUACUACGAAAGAGUUCUCGAAAUGCACGAAGAACGCCGUUGUAAGGUUUCUAGAGUUGGAGCUGGCCAAGUGUUUGUUUACUGACUCAAGCAGGCGCAUACAUAUAUAGUCAAUGGAAACAUAUUAGGAACUAAGACAGCGGACGAACGGAAUAUCACGAGAAACGAAGACGCAAAUCGGGAUUGUUCUCUCCGAGCAACGACAACUUCUUUAAUUAAAGCAAUAUUCCCAC